UGACGUAAUAAAUGCGACAGAGGGCGACCUGUCGCACAUGACCACUUGGAUCCGUUUCACCUGUAACUCCAUGAUAAUAAUAAUAAUUUGAGUAGAGAACUCCUCAUGAGCAGCAGGUGACCAUGCUUCCUCUGAGCAGGUGCGCCUUCAGGGCGCUGCAGGCGAGCCGCGGCAGGCUCCUCUCCACUUCUCACAGCCGCCGGGACGCCAGGACAGGUCUGGUGUUGGGAGUGUAUGAGAAGGAGGGAGAGGAUGGCGGUUUUCACCUGACAGAAGCAGCGGCCGGUUUUGACAGCAGUCUGUCUGGGAAACUCUCGGAGAUGCUGAAAAUCUCUGGACCGACACCGAAGAAAGGCAAAAGCAGAAUGUUUUAUGGAAUCCACAAGGACUUCCCCUGUGUGGCAGUUGUUGGUUUGGGUACCAACACUGCAGGUGUGUGUGGAGCAGAGAACUGGGACACCUGCAAGGAGAACAUCAGAGAGGCAAUGUCAGCGGGCUGCAGGCAACUUCAAGACCUGGAGGUGAGCCGCGUGGAAGUGGACAGCUGCGGUGACGCACAGUCAGCGGCAGAAGGCGCCGUCCUGGGUUUGUUUCAGUACGACCAACUCAAGUCAAAGAAGAAGACCAAAGUAACGACACUGCUUCAUGGAAGUGGCGACUUGGCAGGGUGGGAGAAGGGAGUCCUGUAUGGAGAGGGACAGAAUCUGGCCCGGCUCCUCAUGGAGGCUCCAGCCAAUCACAUCACGCCCUCCGUUUUUGCAGACACCAUUGAAGAGAAACUAGCACCACAUACUGACCGCGUCACGGUUCACAAGAGGCCUCAGGCUUGGAUAGAGGAGCAGCAGAUGGGAGCAUUCCUCAGUGUAUCUAAAGGCUCGGAGGAGCCUCCUGUCUUUCUGGAACUACAUUACAAAGGCUGUCCUGACCAAACACAGGCCCCGCUGCUCCUGGUUGGCAAGGGUAUUACCUUCGACAGUGGUGGUAUUUCUCUGAAGCCGUCCUCCGGUAUGGAUGCUAUGCGAGCGGAUAUGGGCGGAGCCGCCACUGUGUGUGCAUCCAUUGUCACAGCAGCUGCACUCAAGCUGCCAAUUAACAUUAUCGGUCUGGCCCCCCUGUGUGAGAACAUGCCCAGUGGAAAAGCCAAUAAACCAGGUGAUGUUGUCCGGGCUAAAAAUGGAAAAACCAUACAGGUUGAUAAUACAGAUGCAGAGGGCAGGCUGAUCCUGGCUGAUGCUCUCUGUUACGCACACAGCUUCAAACCCAGAGCCAUUGUCAAUGCAGCCACACUAACAGGGGCGAUGGAUGUAGCUCUUGGUUCUGCAGCAACUGGAGUAUUCACAAAUUCUGACUGGCUCUGGGAGCAGCUGCAGAAGGCCAGUGUUGUGACAGGUGACAGAGUGUGGCGGAUGCCUUUGUUCCAGCACUACACCAGACAGGUGACUGACAGUCAGCUGGCCGACCUCAACAACAUUGGCAAGUACAGCCGCUCUGGCGGCGCGUGCACGGCCGCCGCGUUCCUCAAAGAGUUUGUCACAGCGACUCACUGGGCCCAUCUGGACAUCGCCGGGGUGAUGGCCAACAAAGAUGAAAUCCCCUACCUGAGGAAAGGCAUGUCUGGAAGGCCGACACGCACGCUGGUGGAGUUUGCAGCUGGACUGGCCCAACAGGGAUGAAAGACGGGCACAAAAUUCAGAUCAGAUAGCAAUCUCUGCCUGCACGGGCUCCUUUCCUUCCUCCCAGACAUCAGGAGAAGAGCGGCAAGACAGAGCGGUGAUCUCUCUGCACAGAGAAAGCAAACUCAUGAGCUCCCAAGCCCGAGCACAGCUUGAAGACAUAAGUUACUGCUAGAACAGCGUCAUAGUUAUCUGGAAGAGCUAUUAACCUGACCACAGCCAUUCACAGCAUCUUUUUUCCCCUUCAGAUAAGAUGGGAAGCACCUAAAAGCCAUGGAUAUUGUUGACCUGCUCUGUCCAUCAUGUACAAGGACAACAUGGCUUGCAAGCAUUUGUCAAGUAGUUUAUACAGGCUGUUUUCUAUGUAGACCACACUGCAACGUAAGAUCAUGUGACGUAAAUGUUUUUGUAUCACAGAUCUUGACAAAUGUUUAUAAAAUAAAGUGCAUGUGCUGUUGCUUCAGUAA